GUGAGAGGAUGAUGGCGGCAGGCGGUAUGAGCUGUCGGCAAUGCUGAAACGGAUUUAGUCGGCAAAGAGUAAAGCGCCUGUGCUACAGUCUGACCACGACUUAUUAAGGACUUUACCUACGGACAGAAGGAAUAAGGACACUAAUGGCGCUGCUCUAUGGCUUGUUGUGGCGGCUCUUACUGGUUCUGGUCCACGUCAACAGAGCGCUCGUCUCCUGGCUCCGUGUCUGGGUAAAGAGCUGGAAGGGCCGGUUGUGGGAGAGGGCUAUGGCCGCUCUGCUGCUGCCGUUAGCCCUGGCUGGGUUCCCGGACCACCAGAGGAAGUUAAAUCAUAACCCUGACGCUAAUGCUAACUCUGCAGCUAGGAACCGUAUUGCCAGUCGCCGGUUACGGUGGCUGUCCGACGGCAGGUCUCUGGAGAAGCUGCCCGUCCACAUUGGCCUACUGGUAGCCGAAGAAGAGCCCAGCUAUACGGACAUAGCCAACUUGGUGGUGUGGUGUAUGGCUGUCGGUAUAUCAUAUGUCAGCGUCUAUGAUAAUCACGGGAUUUUUCGGAAAAAUAAUAUCCGUCUGCUGGAAGAGAUAGUGAAGCAGCAGCAGGACUUGCUGGGGGUCGAGGGAUCCAAAUACAACGUGGAGUUCCUGAGCAACGGCACUGACAAACAUCAGCACCAUGUGGUGUCCUGCAGGCCCAUAGUGAAGGUCCUGUCUCCAGAAGAUGGGAAGCAGAGUAUUGUUCAGGCAGCACAGCAGCUCUGUCGCUCUGUGGAGAACAAAGAGAGGAGCUCCAAAGACAUCAGCGUCUCCAUGCUGGACACACUUCUAAGAGAAUCAAAGUAUAUUCCCGAUCCCGAGCUGGUAGUGAAGUUCGGUCCUGUGAACAGCACGCUGGGCUUCCUCCCCUGGCACAUCAGACUCACUGAAUUCAUGUCCCUGCCCUCCCACAGAGACAUCUCCUAUGAGGACUUGUUCGGCGUCCUGCAGCGGUACGGUGUGUGUCAGCAGCGGCUUGGCCAGUGAUGUGCGGGUGCCAAGGUCAGGAUCAGGGUCAGGGUCAGGGUUGAGGCCUUCACACAAGGAACAAAUGUGGUGCGACACAGUCAGGCGAGAGGCGGGGGCCAGGCGGUGACCCCUCCAUGCCUUACCGAGUCCCUCAUUACUUCUCAUGAAAUCUCUUUAACAGACUAAGAAAGCUCAAAUAUGAGGAAACAAGGAGAACGGUCAGCUGACUUCCUGCCACCAGCCCUUGUCUUAUAAUAAACUCACAUUCCAGAACUUCUGGACCCCGGCUCUCUAAGAGAAAACGGCACAUCAGAAACACGCACUGACAUGAGAAGACUGUCUAUAGACUCAGUGUACCACAAACCCUGUUUUGUCUUCUCAGACCCUCUGGCUCACUGUUUGUCAUUCAGUCUCCAGCUGCUGUUUACUGCUGAAGCCUUCACUCAGCAGACAACAAAGAAGAAACAAGGCUUUGUGUAAGGAAUCCUGGGAAAUAUAGCUUCAUGUAGGAGAAACUCAACUACCACCAACACUCGCUUGCACAGAGGAAGUGGAUCUCGGACAUAGUGGUUAACGAUGUGUAAAUAUGAAAAAAAAAAAAUCAUGUGGCUCUGUGUUUGUCCCUGUGGUCAUGUGUCACAUACAGAGGUUUGUUCAAGGUUCCUGUUUGACGAAUAAGAGCCCUGAAAUAAAUAAAUGCACUGUCUCUGUUUAUAUAUGUUCAUGGCUUAUAUGAAAAUCUUAAUACAACUUGACAAAAUCAUUUUACUAUAACUCUAAAGAAAUGCACUGUCUCUGUGUAUAUGUAAUCUGAUUACAACUUGACAAAAUAAUUUACCUCUAACUAUGCUCUCCCCUCCCUCCCUCCCCCCAUAUACUGAAGAGUGUUGAGAGAUAUCACCUAACUGAAAGUUUGUACUUGGGUCACACAGUAAAAUGAUGACAGUGAGAUGUGGUGAAGUGCUCCAGGAGAAAGCUAGUAAGUGGACAUUUAGUUCAAAUUAUUUUGUCAAACUACUCUGUCAAAAAAAAAAAAAGUUGACUCUUAUUUUGUUAUAUUUGACACGCCUCCCUGACGAUUAUCAUUGCAUGAACUGCAAAGUUCAGUCUUGACCUUGGAAACAGCAAUUUGACCAAAUAAUCUUACCUCAAGGUGCACUUACUAGUUUUUUAAUACUUUCAACUACAACUCAUGGUCUUUCUCAGUAGGUGGAGUCAUUCUACUUAGUUGUCACCAAGUUCCAAAGUACUGCAAUUCCAUACUGAAGGGUUAGGGUUAACUGAGUGACUCCCCACAUCCACUGAGGAAGACCAUGAGAUGUGGUUGAAAGCCCAUGAAAACAGCUGAUAAGUGGGUUCAAUCCAAAGUUGAAAAUGUUUUGCUUAAAAAACAUCAAAUAAUAUUUUGUUUAUUUUUGUGUUGAAUGAUUCAAAAAAAAUUACACAGAAUGUUCUAUAUGGUGGCAGCUAAUUUAGCCUGUGGUUAUCUGGAGAUGACAGUUGCUGCUUAUGGUAGACCCUUUUUACAGCAGACAUCUUGACAUGUCAAAGCAGGAGUUUAUAACAGUAAUGAUGGCUCCAUUCCAUUUAGGUGAGUCA